CCCAUGUACCGUACGACGACGAGAGCCACCUAGCGGCCGAAAAAACAACCAGAAGGAGAAGACGAGAAGACAACAAGCGACCUGAUCCGAGGAAACGCACGCUCGACCAGAUACUAAUUUAUUUACUUCAUCUACAGAUUUAUUCGGAAUGUCGGCCCCCUAUCCAGUAGACCCUAACAAAUCUGGUGCUGCCAAUACUGGCUGGGCAGUACCUGGUGGCCCUGCUGGCUACCCUGCUCAACCUGGGUAUCCCGCUCAACCCGGAGGAUACCCAGCUCAACCCGGAGGAUACCCAGCUCAGCCCGCUGGUUAUCCUGCACAGCCUGGGUAUCCUGCACAGCCUGGAUAUCCUGCACAGCCUGGAUACCCUGCACAGCCUGGCUACCCUCCUCAGCCUGCUGCAGCCUUCCCUCCACAACCUCCUCCUUACUCUGCCCAGCCCAGCCCUUACACCCAGCCAGCUUAUAAUGUCAGUGGAGGAGGUAUGCCCAUCCAAGAUGGAGCAGGGUUGCCCAAGGACGACGUGCUGCCUGAACAGUUCGGGGGAUCUUUCUCCGACAAAGCCAUCCGCCAUGCUUUCAUUCGUAAAGUCUAUCUCAUCCUGAUGGUGCAGUUACUGGUCACACUUGGCAUUGUCUCACUUUUCACAUUCCACUCUGGUGUAAAACGGUUUGUGCGCCAAAACAUAUGGGUGUACUUCCUCUCUUACGGUGUGUUCCUCGUAACCUACAUAACACUGGUGUGCUGUUCCGGGGUGCGUCGGCGAUGGCCUGGAAACUUUAUCAUGCUUGGCAUUUUCACUUUGUCCUUGAGUUAUAUGACAGGCACCAUCGCUUCCACGUAUGACACCGACAUUGUCAUUAUGACUGUGGGCAUCACUUGUGCGAUCUGCUUCUUGAUUACACUCUUUGCUACACAGACCAAGUAUGAUUUCACAGGGUGUGGUAUCUAUCUGUUCGUGGCAUCCAUGGUGCUGUUCAUUUUUGGAAUUAUUGCCAUCUUCACCUACAGCAAGAUUAUGCAUACCAUCUAUUCAGCUGGUAUUGCACUGCUGUUUUCCAUGUACCUAGUGUAUGAUACGCAGAUGGUGGUUGGUGGCCGAAAGCACCAGAUUUCACCAGAAGAGCAUAUCUAUGGUGCGCUGACACUCUACCUCGACAUUGUUUACAUCUUCAUCAGUCUGCUUUCACUAUUUGGAAACAAGAAUUAAGAGGUCCAGUACUGUCCCUGAAACAUGGAGCGUUACUCUGGAGAUGAUCCCAUUUUAGUGCGGAGGAAACUUUGUAGAGUCAAAGUUGUUAUUUUCAUCCAGGCAUUUUUUUGCCAAAUCUUUCAUUUAUCCUACUAAAUAAAUAUAAAUAACUGUCUCUCUUAAAUAUAUUGCCACUUUUAUGAAGAAGCAAAUGAAAAUAGAAGACCUUUUACCUGAUGCAUUGAUGUAAGGAACUUUGCUGAUUAACACAUUCUACUCGGGUUUUGUUGGGGUUCAAGGGAAGAGGGAAGAAGAUACCUUCCAUGUAAAUACUUUUGUAUUCUAUGAUUAUAAAUAUCUAAUAUUCACAAUUAUACUUUCAUUUUUUUUUUCAGUUAUAGAAAAUCUUGUUUCAUAUUUCAUACAAAUCUGUUAAAGAAAAAUAGUAAACAUUAUAAUGCUUAAUGCCUAUAACAGAUUUCUUAUUUUUUGUAUGUGAAAUAAAAACAUAAUCUCAUGAAGACACUUGUUGACAUCUAACAGUGACACACGCACACGCAUACGCACACGCACACGCGCGCACACACACACACACACACACACACACACACACACACACACACACACACACACACACACACACACACACACACACAC